UGGAAAAAAUCAUAUUUAGCUAGCCGUAAUAAUGAAAUGGCGCAUAGCGUUGAUAUAUCGAUGAUCUCUCCACCAACAUCGUCUUCCAUAUCGACCGACCAAGAUCCAUUUGGACAAUUGCCACCGCUAUUACCGCCACUGCGUUCAACACAAGUUCUUAAACCAUUAACGGGAUUUCCAGUGUCCAAUUUGAGUGAAGAUUCAUAUGACUAUGUGUUUGGUGGUCGACGCAAGACUCCGCCUUCUACAACAGCACUUAAGUUGACCUCGCCUCCUGUACGACUGAGACCAGAAGACGCUUAUAAUAAUACACGCAACAUUAGUAGUGGUGGUUUUGGUUCAAAUACAAAUAACGGAAAUACUGGUGGUGGUCGUUUUUAUCGUCACUCCUUUAGCUACGUACCCAAACGUUCUCGUCACACACAAAACGAACGUGAACGUAAUGCAAAUUAUGAAUCAAGAUUAAGAUGUCAUGGCGAAGAUGAAGCAACCCUGCGGCAAUUGUUACUUGAUUUGCAAAAGCAAGUCAGCGUGAUGAGUAUGAAUUUAUCUGCAAAAUUGGAUGAGCUUCAAAGAGGCGAUAGACACAUGGAGACUACAGUGGCCUUGUGUGAGAUACGAACACAACUGCAGGAACUCACAAAGUCGGUUGAAAGUUGUCAAAGCGAAGUAUCAGAAGUAAAACGUGAUAUGGUGGCCAUAAAACACGAACUCGAUACUGUGCAACAAGUUAAAGAAGAAAUUGAAGAAUUACGUGAAUAUGUCGAUAGAUUGGAAGAGCAUACGCACAGAAGGAAGCUAAGACUUUUAGAACAAGGUGGUGCAACAGUAAUGGGUCUCACCUUCUUUCUGACUUACUCAAUAUUUUCGGCGGUAUUGGGUAUGUUGCAGUUCGGUUACAAUACCGGUGUGAUAAAUGCGCCCGAAAAGAAUAUAGAAAAUUUCAUGAAGGAUGUCUACAAGGAUCGCUAUGGUGAAGACAUUAGCGAAGAGUUUAUACAGCAACUGUAUUCGGUGGCGGUUUCAAUAUUUGCCAUUGGUGGUAUGUUGGGCGGAUUCAGUGGCGGUUGGAUGGCAAAUCGUUUUGGGCGAAAGGGAGGUUUAUUAUUAAAUAAUGUUUUGGGUAUAACCGGUGGCUGUUUAAUGGGUUUUACUAAAGUUAGUCAUUCCUAUGAAAUGUUAUUCCUUGGCCGUUUUAUAAUUGGUGUUAAUUGCGGUCUCAAUACAUCAUUAGUGCCAAUGUACAUUUCCGAAAUUGCUCCGCUCAAUUUGAGAGGUGGCUUAGGUACCGUUAAUCAAUUGGCUGUGACAGUAGGUUUACUAUUAUCCCAGGUCUUGGGUAUUGAACAAAUUUUAGGAACUAAUGAUGGUUGGCCCAUAUUAUUGGGUCUGGCCGUAUGUCCUGCGGUCUUACAAUUACUAUUACUGCCGGUAUGUCCAGAAUCUCCUAGAUAUCUGUUAAUAACAAAGCAAUGGGAGGAGGAAGCUAGAAAAGCUCUCCGUCGUUUACGUGCCUCAAGUUCGGUCGAUGAAGAUAUCGAAGAAAUGCGUGCCGAAGAAAGAGCUCAACAAUCGGAAAGUCAUAUCUCUACCAUGGAGCUGAUAUGCUCACCCACAUUACGUGCCCCACUUAUCAUUGGCAUUGUCAUGCAACUGAGUCAACAGUUUAGUGGCAUCAAUGCCGUGUUUUACUAUUCAACAUCACUGUUCGUUAGUUCAGGUCUAUCGGAAGAGAGUGCUAAGUUUGCUACAAUAGGAAUAGGUGCAAUUAUGGUUGUUAUGACAUUAGUUUCUAUACCCCUUAUGGAUCGUACUGGUCGUCGUACAUUACAUCUGUAUGGUUUGGGCGGCAUGUUCAUCUUUUCAAUAUUUAUAACAAUUUCAUUUUUAAUCAAGGAAAUGAUCGACUGGAUGUCCUAUCUAUCGGUGGUCUCAACACUGGGCUUUGUGGUCUUCUUUGCCGUCGGUCCCGGUUCUAUACCCUGGAUGAUAACAGCCGAACUAUUUUCUCAGGGUCCGCGACCAAGUGCUAUGGCCAUAGCGGUAUUGGUCAAUUGGAUGGCGAAUUUUGUGGUCGGCAUUGGUUUCCCCAGUAUGAAGACUGCAUUGGAAAAUUAUACAUUCUUACCGUUUAGCGUUAUGUUAGCCAUAUUUUGGAUAUUCACCUAUAAAAAGGUUCCUGAGACCAAAAACAAAACCUUCGAAGAAAUUUUGGCGCUAUUCCGUCAUGGAAAUGGAAGGAGUAUGCUAAACUGCACAAAUAGUUUGGAGCCACAAAGUAUGAAUUCGGGCAUCGAACAUGCCGCCCUUAUGGUAUCUGAGGAGAAGACCCAACAUGAUUCACCUGCAUCCGAGCGUUGUUUAGGAGACGGCCGAAAUACACACCAGGGCCGGAGCGCUGCCUCUGUGCCCCAUCACCUUCGUCAGCAAGCACAUGCCUACCAGAACAGCGGGCCUUGACUGAGGAACGACUCACUUCCUGAAACUGCCAGUGUACAUUCAACGAGCGCUGAACAGUCACAACAACAACUACAGCAGCAACAACCACAAACUCCGAAACUACAAAAACAACACUCACAUGAACACCAGCAACAACAAGUACAGCAGCAGGAGCAUCAACAUCAUCAUCACGUACAGUGUAGCUAUGAAAAGGAUAUUGUAUGUGAUGAUAAUCAAAUGCACCAGCACCAGCAGCCGCCACAUCUGACACAAUCACAGCAAAAACACAACGAGCACUGGCAAACGAACACCAACACAACAGCUACCACUUGCACCGCUGAAUAUUCACUGCCGUUUAAUCAACAAGAUCAACAGCAACAACCACCACCACCUCCACAGCAUUAUCGCCAUCAGCAUAUGCCACGCAAACACAGUCAUAGUCCACAUCCUAGUCGUCAUACAUCUCCUCACAGUCGUCAUACUUCACCUCAUAGUAGACACACAUCACCACACAGUCGUCAUACUUCACCUCAUAGUCGUCACACUUCCCCACACAGUCGCCAUACUUCACCUCACAGUCGGCAUACUUCUCCGCACAGUCGUCAUACAUCUCCUCAUGGACAUGGUCACAGCCAUGGUCAUGGCCACUCCCACUCUUCACCCCAUCAAUCUCAUCAUCAUGUGCAUGAUCAACACCAAAAUGGCACCGAUAGUGUAGAGCCUUUUAUACGCAAUAGUGCACCAAGAGCUUCAGUUCGCAGUACUUCGUCCCAUAUUGCUCACGCUCAUUCACAUGCUCACUCGCACCAUCAUCGUCGGCGAAAACGUAGCGACAACACUCUUCUGCAUCAUCAAACCAAUGGAUCACGUGCAGCAGACGAGUUGGAAGGGGGAAUGGAGAGACAAACGAAUGGUCAUCUGCACCAGGGUCAAUCCUCAGGUCAUACUUGCACUCGUCGUCAUCGCUCAGUUACUGAUGUUUCGCAAUCAUCGCUUAACAAUUGCAAUGAUCCGUUAUGUACUGAAAGGGAAAUUCAAGAGAUAUUUGUGCAAAAAUCUACGGCCUGCUGUUCUAAUUCCCGCACAGAAUUGGCUCAAUAUUUUGCUGAAGAUUUGUAUGGCACUUCAUCUAGGCGACCUUCUUCAUGUUGCACAUCUUCGGAUUACUGUUAUCAAACUGAUUCUACGAGUCUGUAUGGGUCGCGUUCCUCACUGAGCCGCAACAACUCGGUAAAAUCGGCCUCCGUUACUAUGCGCAAGAAGAAAUUACAACAAAGACACCAGAGUUACAGUUCGAUUUCGUUAAGAGCUUUGAAUGCCUCGCGACCCAACAGCCAAAUGGGCUCGCUGACUUCAGUUUUUGAUCGUGCUAAACAAUAUGCAGCCAAUGGCGGUGACAGCAAGUCUCAUGAUUCUCCUUCAAAGGUAACUAUAGAAAGACACACAUCCAAAGAUGCUUUAAGUAAUGAUCUACCUGAAUAUGCUUGUUCCCCUUCUCCGAUAAGAUGGAGUUUUCUGGCUGAUGGUAAGACCAGCACCAACAACGAUAGUGCAGACGAAUUAAGACCUCAGCACACAAAAGGAACGAAAACUAUAGAUGACCGAACACAACACAGACCUGAAGUUAGGCAACACAAGAGAGAAAGAGAAAGACAAAGAGUUGUCGAGACUGAAAAGCAGCCAGUUAAAAGCCACAGAUCACAAAGCAGACAUCAUUUUAAAUCUAGAUCUUCUUCCGACGAUCGACCCUCUACAUCGCGCAAAUGCUGUGAAAGUCCUUGUAAAUAUGAAGAGUCUACUAUGGUGCAAUUCCAUCAAGAUGCCGAAACAUUUAACAAUUGUUGCAGCAACUACAUACAGUGCAACACUUACUUAGAUCAAGAUCUACAAAUCACUAGCGAAGACAUACACCAGUAUCUUUCGAAAGGUCAACAGGAUACGGGCAAUAUUUUGAACAACACCAAAACCUAUCCCUUCCAGCCGAGCAAUGCCCUGGAGUUCCAAUAUAAAAACAAUUUUGCCAAUAACAACACUGCCACUAACACAUUGUCCUCGGUGGAGGGGACAGAAAGUAUGCGCAGCUAUGACAGUCGUUUUAGACGUAACUCCAGCAAAGAAACAAACCUCAAUCAAAAUCCUUCCACUUCAGAAGGAUGUGCCGGUGCCUGUGCCAUGUCAUCGUGUAGUUCUACCCCCUUGUCGCCGGCUAAUAUUAAUUUGUCGUCUAGCACUAACAAUAUCAAUAUAGUGUUUAGUUCCUGCAUGGAACGUAAUGCCAACGAGGUGAAAUUUAUAAAUACAACUUCACGCAAUGCCUCGGGAGCGGCGGUGGUGUCUACUGAAGCUCAUCAUGCGGGUUAUUUGCCCUAUACUUAUCCUUCCUAUGAUUACACUAAUAUGGCAGCUAAUUCACAAUUUAAUAAACCACUGGGUAUAGAUGAAAUACCGCCAGAUAUGAUGAAUAGAGUUGACGACAUGAUGACCAACACCACCUCUUCGAGUCAACAUUCAUCAUCACUACAUUCCCCGGAGCCGGUGGAACGUCAACAGCAAGGCAUGUCAUUUGAAUCGUUCGAUGCUUCUUCGGGUCACAAUUUACUGUCCUCACAGAGGGGUAGUGGCCAGUAUACGCCCACACCACUCUCACCACUAUCGCCAGCCUCGCCGGCCAAUUCAUCGAAUUAUUCAGCUUCCAUUAAUCCAUCUACGUCUUCGUAUAUGCAUUUACAACAUGAGCAGCAACAGCAGCAUCAUAAUCCCCACUACGAUUAUCCGCCAGGCAUACAAAGAGCCCAUACUCACUAUCACUCACAUCAUGGUCAUUACGGUCAUCAUCAUUUGAGAGAGAGCUUUAAAUUAACAAAUGCUUUUAAGAAAGUACGCAAAAGAGCACGCAAAUACACAGAUUUCUUACGCAAAAAAUAAAGCUUUUUUCAAUUUAAGCUUUUCUAGACAUAUAACAAAAAAAGUUAGAUAAAGUAUUUCAAGAGAGUUUUAAGUAUAAAGCUUUAAGCUUAACUUUAAUUGAGUUUGUUGACAUUUCAUUUAAAUUUUUUUUCUAUUAGAUUCCCCUCAAUUUUCACCCUAUUUCGGGCAUAAAUAUGUGGUCAUACAUCUCAAUAGGAAAACUAAAAGUUUGGAUAGAGGAGAUCAUUCUUAAAGUAAGAAAUUUUGUACGGACAACUCUUGCUUUAUGUUACCUCUCUACCACAAACUUUCAAGCGCUCUCUCACUUACUCUUCGGAGCAUUUAAAGGAAAUUUCACCAAUGGUGUGCCCAUCUUCAUUUAAAUGAAUAA